ACCCCUCACUGAAGCAAGCACCAAAUGAGAAGCAAGCAGGUAGGGUUUCGAAAUAUUAAAUAUCGCUCUCUUUCAUCUCUUACUUUUCCCACCCCAUGAGAUUGUCACAAAGAGAUUGUCAUAGCUCUCCCCCUUAAGCCAUUGCCCGCCGGCACCAUGUCUGCACCGUCCUUUGCCGAAUUAGAGGACGCCGCGGGUGCUGUCAUCCGUAUUCUCAAAACUAUCCCCGAGUUUGCUGCCGCUAAGAUUGCUGUCAUUGGAGGGUUGAGCCUUUGGAAAUAUAUCCGACGCUAUCGGACUACCGAGGAUGUUGACUUCCUCAUUACCAUCCAAGGAGCCCCCAAAGCAGUUAAAGAUAAAUUGCUCGCCAUACACGCAGGCUCUUUCCAGCAGCACGCUCAGCUGUUUUACUAUAAAGCACAGAAUGGCAAGCUUAUUCAAAUCGAUAUAACCCCUGAUUGGCAGUCGCCAUAUCUUCCAUCAGCCGCUGUAGCAAUUUCGAGUGCCGAGCCUAGCUCUCUUCCGUACAUCUCAGAGAUCGACCUUCUUGCGUUUAAGAUCAAUAGCUGUGGUCUAAGACCGACCCCUGCGAAAAAGUUACGUGAUGCGACAGACGCCAGAUCCCUAGCAGAAGACCUCGGUUCCAGGGGACCUAUUAUCUUGACUCCUGUUCAAAAGACUGCAGUCCUUCAGGGUCUGGAAGAUGUAGCCCAGCUUUCUCGCAAAGAUCAGGCUUGGUGGAAGGAAAAACUGGCCUUGAGCUGAUGUGGCGGAGUCAGCUCGCUUGAUUGUGGCUGAAUUGAGAAAUGGAUUCGGAUUAGUCCAUACCCCGCGCAGCCAAUAAAAAUGCAUGGCUAUGCGAAAAAUGGGUUGAGUCAGCACCAAUGUUAACUGAUAACAGCGCUCCAGCACAACUUUUUACACGAGGAACAAUGGUAUUGUUGGUAGUAACAGCGCUUCACCAUCACGGUACUUAUCACGAAUUACCAUAUAGUAUAUUUGUAGAGCACAAAAUUUGAUUUUCCCGCCUGACUAGCCGUGGUAGCAUCCUUGAAUUCCGUUUCGGUUGUUCAUGGUGUCAAUACACGUGAUACAGGAGCGGGGCAUCGCAAAAACGACUUCCAACUUGGGCAUCUGGGCCCAACUUCUGCAGCCGAAGUGUA